CCCUAGGGAACAGCCAGGCAGCUGGAAGGGAGCGGAAAGGGGAGGCCACGGGGCCCCCUUUUGAGGCCAUCCACCCCCGGCGGACGCCUUCCAAAGGGGUCCAGGGCGCACGGUACCCCCCCCCGCUGUCGCCCCGCGCCUUGGAACAUAUAUAUUCUUUAGGGCCGCACGGUACUCCCCUCCCCCGGUGGUCGGGUCUGUGAUGGCGCGCGCGCGCGCUUUUCCGCGCGGAUUUUCGCGGAUUCUAGUGGUGGAAGGCGUCAAAACUUGGCGCAGGCGGUCCCUUGCGUCUCUCUGCGUGUUCCUCGGGGCCCUCCUGGCCUCUGCUGACCCUCGCAGGCGGGAGGCCUUCGAAGUAAAAGGCCGCUGAAGGCGGCCACGGUCGCAAGAUCCAGCAAGCCAAGGACCAAGGGCCCGGAGAGUACAGGCCGCGCGGCUCAGGGGGUCCAGCUUCUCGCCUUUUGCCGCCUUCGGAGGCCUUCCAUAGCCGGCGCGCUGCUGCGGCGGCGAAGCAUAUCGGAGGCACUUAGAGCACAGGCAGGCACCUGGAAGGGGGCGCAGGCGGUCCCUUGGGGCCCUUUUGAAGCCUCCCACCUACAUCGGAGGCCUGUAAGGAACAGCCAAGCACCUGGAAAGGAAGCAGAGGCGGCCCCCUGGGCACCUCUUGAGGCUUUCCACCUACGUCGGAGGCCUCUGGGGGACAGCGAAGCACGAAGGGAACGGAGGAGGCCACUUGGCCCCCUUUUGAGACCUUCCACCCCCGGCAGACGCCUCCAAAAGGGGUCUGGGGCUACCGGUGCCCCCCCUAGCGUAGGCGCCCUGUCUGCCGGGGGUGGACGUGGAAGGCCUCAAAAGGGGGCCAAGUCACCUUCUCCGCCCCCCUCCAGCUGCCUGGCCGUCCCUUACG